AUGACUAACAAGCACAUCAUCAACGCGUUGGCCGUGGCUAUGUCGGUCUCACCGGCCGCUGCGGCUAUCAAGGGUUUCAACUACGGUUCGACUUUUAAUGAUCAGAGCGUCAAGGUGCAGUCGGAUUUCGAGGCUGAGUUCAAGACCGCCAAGGGUUUGGUGGGAGCCGAGGACUUUACUAGUGCUCGUCUGUACACUAUGAUUCAAGGUGGAACUACCAACACCCCCAUCUCCGCCAUUCCCGCCGCCAUUGCACAAAACACUACUCUCCUUCUCGGUCUCUGGGCCUCUGGCGAUACCUUUGACAACGAAGUCGCUGCCUUGAAGUCCGCCAUCUCCACCUACGGCGACGACUUUGCCAACUUGGUGGUUGGUAUCUCCGUCGGAAGCGAGGAUCUCUACCGUAACUCGCCCACCGGUAUUGCCGCCAAGGCCGGUAUUGGCAAGAACCCGGACGACAUCGUCAACGACAUCAAGACCGUUCGAUCCACCAUCGCCGGCACCAAACUUGACGGUGUCCCCAUCGGUCACGUCGAUACCUGGACCGCCUGGGCCAAUUCAUCCAACAACGCCGUCAUUGAAGCGGUCGACUGGCUCGGUCUUGACGCCUACCCAUACUUCCAAAACACGCAGACCAACGACGUCAAGAGCGGAAAGGGUCUCUUCCAAGACGCCAUCAAGAGAGUCAACGCUGCCUCCGGCAACAAGGCUCUCUGGGUCACUGAGACCGGUUGGCCCGUCAGCGGUCCCAAGGAGAAUCUCGCCGUUGCCUCUACCGACGAUGCCAAGACCUACUGGGACGACGUUGGCUGUGGAUUGCUUUUCGACAAGGUCAAUACUUGGUGGUACAUUCUCCAGGAUGCUGGCAAAUCCACCCCUAGCCCCAGUUUCGGUAUUGUCGGUUCUGAACUUACCACCACCCCUCUCUACGACUUGAGCUGCCCUGCUCCUUCUGAGACUCGACUUCUGCUGCUAGCUCUGCUACUUCUACUGGUACAGUUCCGCACAUCAGGCUCCGCAGCUUCUACCUCCAGCCCAUCUUCCGUCUUCCCUUCCAGCGCCACCGGCCCUGCUACUGGUACUGCUUCAGGCACUGCCACCGGUUCUGCCACCGGCACCUUCAUCAGCUCCGCCUCAGGAACCGCAACAGGAACCGCAACAGCAACCGGAACCUCGACCCCCGGCGCAGGCGUUUCUCCCAGCAACUCCACCGCAACCGGCACCCCAGGCUCCGCAACUACCCCCGGCGCAGGCUCAACCGGUAAGGGCGGCGCAAGCGGUACUUCCACCAGCACAUCCCCUCCUCUCUUCACCAACGGCGUCAGCAGCGUCUCUGCUUCCAUGACCGGUAUCGUAGCUGCUAUUUUUGCUGCUGUUGUUGCUUUUUAAUCUGUCCCCUUGAUCUACCAAAGAAGGGUAUAGAUGAAUAAGGGAAUUUUUUUCUAGAUUGUUGUGCUUUUUCCCCCCAUCACAAUUUCAGAUUUGAAAUUAUAUUCGGGGAAUGAUUGGGUCUGCUAUUUAUUUGUUGUGCCUUGUUUUUACUCUUAACCUUUACUCGUAUUUUGAGGGUUAUCCUACCGAGUUUGAUGCUGGUAUUAUAUUGGAUUACAUCAAGGUUUCUACAUUCAUUCCUUUUG